GAUCCCCUUCACAAGCUUGCUGGCUAGCGCUUGUAUUUCCUUUCUGGUUUCUGUAACCACCUGCAGAAAAACAAUGGACAGAAACAAGCAUCUGAAAGCAGCCAUCCUUUGGAAUCUUCCCCUACUUUUCCAGUUCUGCACGGGUGACGAUGUGACAACCGACUAUGACUAUGCCGACGAUAAUUCAACCACUGACUACAGUAACUUUGAAGAAGUCUGCAAGAAGGAGGAGAUUCGGAGAUUCCGAGCUACUUUCUUGCCCACCAUAUAUUCCAUUGUCUGCUUUGUGGGCCUGGCUGGCAAUGGCCUGGUCAUGCUGACCUACAUUUACUUCAAGAGACUCAAGACAAUGACUGAUAUCUACCUACUCAACCUUGCCUUAGCUGACAUCCUCUUCCUGUUGACUCUCCCUUUCUGGGCUGUCAGUGCAGCCAAAUAUUGGGUCUUCAAGGAGUUUGCUUGCAAGGCUGUCCACUGCAUUUGUCAGAUGAGUUUCUUUAGUGGCAUGCUCCUGCUUCUCUCCAUAAGCAUUGAUCGGUAUUUUGCCAUUGUUCAGGCUCCUUCAGCCCACCGCCAUCGCUCCCAGAGGGUACUUGCCAGCAAAGUCACCUGUCUCUCCAUUUGGAUACUGGGUUUCAUCCUUUCACUCCCUGAGGCAAUCCAUAGAGGUGUAUAUGACUCUGAAAGUUCAACACCACGCUGCACCAUUGUAACAGCAAACUUGCUUGCCUUCAGCACCUCCAUCAGAAUCUCUCAGAUAGUCUUUGGCUUCUUCAUUCCUCUGCUGGUGAUGACCUUUUGCUACUGGAUCAUCAUCAGGACCCUGUUACAGGCCCGCAGCUUUGAGAAGAACAGAGCCAUCAAGGUUCUCAUUGCAGUCAUGGUUGUCUUUGUCCUCUUUCAGAUGCCCUACAACAGUGUCAUGCUUGCUGAGACCAUCUCGGCCUUCAACAACACAACUGGCCAAUGUGAUGCCAUCAAGCGCAUAGAUGUGGCCAGUGAUGUGACAUACAGCCUGGCCUGCUUCCGCUGUUGUCUAAACCCUUUCUUGUAUGCUUUCAUAGGUGUCAAGUUUCGUAACGAUGUGCUACGACUCCUUAAAGACCUGGGCUGUAUCAACCAAGCACAGCUCUGGAAAUGGUCAACAUAUCGAGAGAACAACCGAUGUUCUAUUGCCACAGAAACUGAUACCACCACCACAUAUUCCCCAUGAGAUGCUAUUGACAAUACAACACAAAUUUAAAAUCAGACCAUGAAAUUGAUGUUAAUGUCAACAAUCUUCCGGGGGCGGAAUCAGGAACUGAAUUUCUGAACAGAAUCAGGAACUGACCACUGAAAUUCACCACAUUGAUACUUUGUUAUAGUUUCAUAAGGAACGGAAAGAUCAUCCCAUCUCCACAGAACAACUAACAGAACUCAUGUGGCCAAAUGCCACAAGGCAGCAAGAAUUGGUCUACAGACUAUUGCUUAUGUGUCUGAAAAAGUGAGCCCGAGAAUGAGGCAAAAAUGCUCUGUGAAAUCAAAAGAGAUUAUCUAAACUGGGCACCUAAAGAUGAUAACUAUCUUAAUAAUAAUCACAAUGUGUCCACACAGAAUGAAAUUGCAUCAAGAACCAUACAGAUACCAAAAGGUGACCUUAAAGUUAAAGGAAGGCAUAGAAACAAAUAACUGACAUAUUUAAUUGUUCACUUUUUAGUUUUUCUCCUGUAUCCACCUCCAGUAUCUUUUUUCCUCUGCCAUCCCCAUAUAUUGUAUUGUUGUAUGAUGUUUUAACUUGUAUUAGUAACAUUGAAUCCUUGCUGUAAGCCGGUCUGAGUCCCUCUACGGAGGUGAGAAGAUCGGGACAUAAAAGUUUUAAAUAAAUAAAUAUAGUUUUCCCCCUGUCACCUCUUUUAUGCCAACUGUAACGCAGACCAAAUGGCCAUCUGGCUCAGAGAGCACCUUCCUUCCCAAAAGCUGGUUGAUCCGUGUUCCCUUGUCCUCACAUUGUAUCUACCUGGACAACCCAGAUGGUUGUGAACAAACUGGUUUAAGUGAAUCAAGGACAAAAUGAAUGUGGUGUUAAAAUACUUAUAAAUAUAUGUUUCCUCUACAAAGGUACAUUCCAACAGGAGUAUUGUAGAAUACAAUUGCUUUAUGUAUCUAUCUUUGUAUCUAUAGCCAAUAGAAGGCACAUGCAAGUCAAAUGUUGUAUAUCAAUCUUGUUAUUAGUCAUUCUACUAGUGAGCAUCAGCUUUCUCAUUUCUAUACUGUCCAAUGAUUAUGGUACAUUGCAUAAUGAUACUUGCAUAUGUAGCUUCAGGGCACCGUAGUAAAUUCUGAAGUGCAGGUGCUCAUCAUGAAUGCCACCAUAUUUGCAACCUUAAGUUCCAAAAGUACAGACAACUAUCUUAAUCCAUAUCAAUAAGCCAGUUCUAGCAGGUCAUAUCAACCACAAACCAGUUCAUACUAAUUUUGUAAAGCUAGUGGGUUUUUACUGCCGAUUCAAAACCAAGGGACUCCAAAUAUACCUUGUAUCACAACCCCACCUCUUCUACUACAAUUAUUAUUUCAGCUAAGUGUAGAGGGGAAGGGGAUAUUUGAGGGUGUGGCAAAUGAUAUCAAACCACAUCAAAUGGCAAACAGCAUCAAUUACCUUGCAAACCCUGAUGCUACUACAACACUAUAAACUUUCUAUAGAUUCUCUGUGAUCAAGCAGAUGCACCAUGCCAUCUGCUUGAGUGUUCUCUGAUCCCUUUUUAAAUAAAAUGUUGUAUAUUUGCUAAGUGAAGAUUGUUAAGAGAACUGUAGUAAAAACCCUGUACUCACAGAACCAACAUCUGAGGAUUCAUUUACCAUCAUCCAACAAAACAUGCACUCUCUAAUAAUUUCCUAGGUCCUCCAGAGCAACUCUAUGGCCACUUCUGGCAGAAAUUGUUCAUUUCAAUAGGGCUUGGAAAUGUUCUCAGCUUCCUGUUUCCAUGAUAAAUAAAGGAAUGUAUCUUUUAGAUGCAGGGCUUGUACUGUAUUACUGUUGGUUUUCUUAAAGGAAAUUUUUAGUCAGAAUGUAAACUUGACAAAGGAAUGUUUUGACUUAUGAACAUAAGGUAUUCCAGUGAUAUUUCUACAGGAGAGCAAAUUGUUAGAAGAUAUAUUGUCGAAGGAUUUCAUGGCCGGAAUCACUGGGUUGUCGUAGGUUUUUCGGGCUGUGUGGCCAUGUUCUAGAAGCAUUCUCUUCUGAUGUUUCGCCUGCAUCUAUGGCAGGCAUCCUCAGAGGUUGUGAGGUCUGUUGGAAACUAGGAAAAUUGGGUUUAUAUAAACUUGACAAAGGAAUGCUAAGACUUAUAAGCGUAAGGUAUUCUAGUGAUAUUUCUCCAAGAGAGCAAAUUGUUAGAAGAUAGUUUCUUGAUAAUGAGACCAAUUGGAAUAAUUCUGAAAAGGAAAAAUGGUCAGAAAUUGAGAGAUGGGAGAGGGGUUUCUUGCUUUGCCUCCCUAGCCAUCACUUCAGCUACAAACAGUAUAAGCAAGAUAUAUGUCUGAUGGACAUAAAGGAAGAUGAGAAUUAUUCUGAUUGCAACUGAGGAAAAAUGGUAGAGAUCAUUCUGAAUUCUGGACAGUGCUUUGAGGAGGGUUGCCUCACUGGAGAUCUGAUGCAUGAAACUGACAUUUUUUAUCUAUAGGAAUACUAUGCUGUAUGUCUGACACCUGGUUAGUGUGUCAUUUUGUAAA